AUGACCACACAACUACAACUGCAUGACGGCGAUAUAGACCUCGAGAGCACUAUGGGCCAGGUGUUCAUCGGUGUGCUCUUCUCCUCGCUGGCGUACGGUCUUACAUGCGCGCAGAGUCUCUUCUACGCCUGGAACUACCCGGCCGAUUCAUCCUGGCAGAAAACCAUGGACAUCUGCAUAGGGCCCUCGACACACUACGCAUUGGUCUCACAGCUAACCCAGAACACACGACUCGCGAGGGCCGAGCCCAGGGGCAGCGCCUUCCCGUCGAUUGUACAGGAUAUGAAAGAAGCCGAGAGCGAGGUUUUUUAUCAAGUACCACAGUUUACGCACCUUCGCACACAGAACUUCUCGUGGACAUUUAGAGUACGCCGCUUCCCCAUUAUUUCUCCACCACGAUUUACACAGCAGUUCGUCUCAUCCGCGCACGACGUUCACCGUGUAACACACACCAGGCUGAACACAUCGUCGCGUGAAACUGCGCAGAUCAUCGUCGUGUUUGCCGUGCAAUGUUUCUUCAUCCACAAGAUCGCCCGGCUUGUGAGGGAUCGGCGGCGUCAGGUGGCGCUCUCCGCAUGUAUGUUGUUAUUCGCGCUCGCGAGCGUCGGUUCUGGAAUUGGUGUGUCGGAUUAUCUCUUCGAUAGCACUAAUUUGCGAAACGGGGUGCCUGGGUCGCUUCAGGUUGUCUUUGCACUCGUGACCGACGCUGCCAUCACUACAGCGCUCACCUGCGUACUGCAUGGCGAGAAGACACAAUUUCGCGGGAUGGGCAACACCCUUGCGAAACUGAUGAUGCACUGCAGUUUGCGACAGUUCUACUUCCGAGUGCACGACAACCCGUUGAUGGUGUCCGAUAUCUUCCACUGGCACGACCCUGCAUGUACCGUAUACGUGAACUCGCUCCUCGCAGUGCUGAUCGUGUCUAUCCCGCGCCCCGAAUACAUGCGGUUCAGACUGAACGUGCGGCAUCACCUUAGAGCACAAGCUGCGCCCGUCUUGCGAUUUACAGCCUCACGUACCGAGCGGGCCUCAGCACCAGAAGACGUGAUUGCUCUCGGAGAGAUGCCGGUAGGCUCUGGCAGGCAGCAUACGUAUCCCAAACGGAGGGGACUUCUGCGGACGUCUGGCGAGCCAGAGAGUCUGCAGAUCGUGGAGACGGUCGUGCGACACGGCGAAGGCUCAUAUAAUACGAGAUUUCAGCCGCUAUCGUACUGGGCUAGUACUACACGAGGAAAAUAUUUCCCUACAGGUAUGACGAACACCAACAAGUAUCAUAAAUAUCCUUCAUGA